AUGACUGAUAAAGGAGAUACAUGGCAUUCAUUUAAGACGGGAUUCGCCCGUGCCAAGCAUAGAGUGUUGGCAAAGGUCGGUGCUGCAGAGACUACUGUAGAUACAAAGAUUAAAGCAGAGAGUGAUAAGUUAUUCACUCUAUUCACUCUAAUGAAGAGAUUGAAUAAGAAUAUUGAGAAGUAUCAAGAGCAACUAAAAGAGAUAUCUAUAUUACAUAAUGAGAUGGCUCAUGAUAUAUUAUCAUUUGAUGAGAAGGAUCCAAUGAUCAUUGUAUAUAGUGAGUCAAUGAGAGAGUUGGAACAGCAAAGGAUGGUCAUGGAGGAGUACUUGGAGACAUAUUGCCAUGACCCCUUGAGACAGUACUUGGCACAGUUCAGAGAGAUUAGAGAACGUUUGAAUGAACUGGACUUGAGAAGACUGGACAUGGACAGAUAUUUCCGUGAUUAUUCAAUCAAAGCCAAUAAGGGCAAGGAUGCAACUAGUUUGGCAAAGACAGAGGCCAAGCAUCAAAAGACAAAGGAGGGCUAUCAAACUUUGAGCGAUGAGUUGAUGCAGGACAUGCCCUCACUCUUUAACGACAGACAGAACGUGUUCAAUCCGGCGUUUGCAUCAUUCGUCAACAGAAACUCUGCCUUCUACGGCGCAGUAUCCACCUCUUAUUACCGUCCACUUCAGGCGGCCGCCAGUGUCAAUGAGUACGACGCUAUCAACCAUGGCUGGGUUAUCACUGCUGUGGAGUUGUCCGCUAUCUCAAGCAACCAGCAUCAGCCACCAGUGCAACAGAUGCAGCAUCUCAAUGUACAGCAGCCUGGUGCACUCAAGCCAGCCUUCCCCAACAACAACAGAGCACCGAGCCCAAGCAACACAGGCCGAGCUCUGCCCGUCCCAAAGCCGGCAGGCGGUCCGAGUGGCGAGGCACUCUACGAUUUCACGGGCCAGGACAGCACAGAGUUGACAUUCAAGCGUGGCGAUAGGAUCACGCUCCAUUCGACCUCUGGCGAUUGGCUGGAUGGAGAGCUGCACGGCGUCAAGGGAUUGGUGCCAGCCAACUAUGUAAAGAUCAUGUAA